GAGCCCGCCUCGCCGAUGGCCACCGACGCCGACGCCGACGACGCCCCGCUGCUCGCCGAGGAGCCGCUGCGGCCGGGGUCCUGCAGCCGCGAGCUCGAGCUGCGGGAGUUCCGCGACCGCUACGUCUUCCGCUCGCUCGACGGCGGCGGCGCCUUCGCCGUCGCCCGCGCCGACGGCUCCCUCCGCGCUCUCUCCCCAGAGGAAGCCGCGUCGGGGAGCGACUGCAAGGUCUCGAGGAUACACGGAGUCGCCGGAAUGAUCAGGAUGCUCGCAGGAAGCUACGUACUUGUCAUCACUUCUCGCAAGGAUGCUGGCUCUUAUCAAGCUUCCACAGUUUACCAUGUGAACUCGAUGAAGUUCUUAUGCUGCAAUGAGGCUAUAAAGCAUUUAACUUCAGACGAAAAACGGGAUGAGGCAUACUUCAUGUCUCUUUUGAGAAUUGCAGAAACUACUUGUGGACUCUAUUACUCGUACGACAGGGAUUUGACAUUGAAUUUGCAGAGGGCAUCAAAGCUGGCUGCGGGGAGGGUACAUAAACCAUUAUGGAAGCAGGCUGAUCCACGGUUUGUUUGGAACAGGAAUUUGCUGGAGGAGCUUAUUGAAGCUAAGCUUGAUGAGUUCAUCACCCCACUGAUCCAAGGAAGUUUUCAGACAGAGCAAUUUACCUUGAAGGAUGGACCAGUCAGAAUAAAUUUGUUCUCUCGGAGAUGCAACAGGCGUUUAGCAGGGACAAGAAUGUGGAGAAGGGGUGCAAAUCUCGAAGGUGCCACAGCUAAUUUUGUCGAGACAGAACAAUUGGUCGAGUAUGAAGGUUUAACGUCCUCAUUUAUACAGGUACGUGGCUCUAUUCCUCUUCUCUGGGAGCAAAUAGUGGAUUUGAGCUACAAACCACGACCCAGCAUUAUUGAACAUGAAGAAAUGACGAAAGUUGUUCAACGCCACUUUCAUGAUCUUUCACAAAGAUAUGGAGAUACACUAGUUAUUGAUCUUACUGAUAAACAAGGUGAUGAAGGAAAUUUAAGCAAUGCAUUUGCUGCUGAAAUGGAGAAAUUUCCCGAUAUCAGGUAUGUGCAUUUUGAUUUCCAUCAUAUUUGUGGUGGAGGUAACUUUGAUAACUUGCAAGCUCUAUAUGAUGCGACCGAGGAAGCUAUUCAGAAACAAGGAUAUUUUCUUAUGAACUCUAAAGGAGAUAUAUUGUUGGACCAAAAUGGCGUCGUUAGGUCCAACUGCAUAGAUUGCCUGGACCGAACAAAUGUUACACAGAGUUUCCUUGCAAGAAAAUCUCUAGACUUGCAGCUGCAGCGAAUGGGGGCAUUGUCAUCAGCUGAAAGUAUUUCUCAAUCAGAUAGCAUUCAUGAUAUAUUUAAAAAAUUGUGGGUUGAGCAUGGGGAUGAGCUAAGCCUUGAAUAUGCUGGUUCUUAUGCUUUAAAAGGAGACCUUGUGAGAUAUGGAAGGCAGACAUUGCCUGGAUUAAUUAAAGAUGGCAUGAGCGCUCUUUCACGGUAUUAUUUGAACAAUUUUCAUGACGGAGUGAGACAAGACGCUCUAGAUCUGAUCAGUGGCUACUACAUGGUCAGCAAAAGCAGUUCCUCUCCUUUUCAAAUCAUCGGAUUCGAACCGUAUCUUCCUGUGGCGUCAGCAAUCAUAGUUGGUGGUAUUACUGUCACAACAUUCACUCUUAGUCAAGUUGGACGGAGCGCACAACACCUCAUCUCCUCUGUUAUCUUUGCUGGUCUCACAGCCGGAAUGGUAGCCUUGGUGAAAGCAAAUGGAAAGCAGCUUUGUUCUAGGCCCCGGUUGUGUGGUCUGAUCUAAUUCGUUACCUUUGUUUCUUCUCCAAUCCUCAGAGCUUCGUUGUUGGAUGGAUGAAUGUUAAGUUCAUAGCAAGUUGGUUGUCCAUUAUCAUGAUUAAAGAAGGAAAGAGGUCGGCUUGCUGUCCAGUAAACUGGUUAGAUUGUCCAGUUUCCUAGUACAUAGUGUAUUGUGCAGUCAGAGACACACCACCUUGUAGUACUGUAAGUGUAAAUGUGUUGUGCAGUCAGAGACACACCACCUUGUAGUACUGUAAGUGUAAAUUUUAAAAGUUAAUUUGUAAUACGGAUUUGACUGCACAGUUUGUAUAUCUUAUAUUUUGUGAUCUUGUGAAUA